GCGCCGGCGUCAAAUUCUUCUGAGACGUCACCAACACAUGGCCACUCUUCCGGUGCGUGGUGUGGUGCCGGCGUCUCCGUCUCCCCAUGCUGGGAAGCGUCGCAGUAGGAAAUCGACUGUUGGAGAGACAGAAAAGCCUCAGACCAAGCGUCCUCGACCUCGGAGCGCCCCAGCCACAAGCCCGCGUCGCCGCAGUAUGAACACCUCGCCUGCAGAACCAAGCAAACUCCGCGUGAACCUCUAUGAUGCCGUUGCCGGCAGGGUAGGUUACGAAGGUCUCCUGCUCGAUCGAGCUGGUCAGCCACUGCCACCUGAUCAAGUCCUCUACAAUCGAGCUGGAGCGCCGAUUCGCUACGCAGAGACUGAUCCCUACUUCGCGCACCGGCAUCUACCUACAGACCGACGCCUUCCAGAGUCUGAUAUGCUCAAAGCUAUUCACGCCUAUGCCUCGGACUUCUACGCAUCUGGAGUCCUGGGCGAUUGUCGAGCUGACUUCAAGAGCUUGGACGAGACAGCGCUCAUCGCUCUAGGGAUCCUGCUCGAGGAAGCCGCCGCACAGUCGCUCGAGCAGACUGGUGACUUGGCAUUCGUGGAAGGCCUGGAACGACAAGAGGGGCUGUGAUCAUGUGUGGCGAUCCACAAGUUCCCUGAUGGGAAACAGCAGCUCAGAUCCUCAUGUAUCGGGUCCGAGAAUCAUCACGGUGCAGACCGCCAUCCCGUGACAGCGUGCAGAGAACAGUAAUCAGUCCAUUCUAUUUAGUCUGUACGCGAAUACGUAGACCAUGGACAUUAAUUAGC